UAUUUGCAGCUACGUUGGAGGGCUUAUUCUACUGCAUCACCAAAUUUGAUGCCUCCUUGGUGAUGCUCUACCCUCCUCAGUCCUCUCCCUCCCAACGACACCAGUUUCCUUUCAUCGCCUUCUCAACAGCCAAACCCUAACAAUGGCGUCUUUCUCUGUUCUUCCAAAUCCACCAAAAUCAGGACCCCUCUAGCACAGUCCCAACCCCUGAACACACCUAACUAUUCAUAUUUGGGAACAAUGUCAUUUACUUCUCGGCAUCUUCUCACCAAUUCGCCUCCACGUUUGACCAUUUACUUCAACGCUAUUUCACCUAAGAAACCUACUCUCGUCUCCCUACCAAUCGCCUCCUGUCACCUUACCGACGCCUCGUAUUUCCGUAUCUCCAAGAAGCUUUCGAACCAUUGCUGUCUUAAUUCUGUAAGGACUCAGCGAUUUCGACUCAAAUCAUUUGAAUCCGAUGAAGAUUUACGGAGCCAUGGCGUUGAUGACGGUAUCGAUUUCGACUACUUGCUCGGCGUCGUUGAAACCCUGUGUGUUUUCUCAUCCGCAAUUAUUUCGAUUGCAUUCGGGGUCAAUUUCGUUGUUUCGAGCUCGAAAAAGGCAGUAAUGGAUGUAAUGGGUAGAAGACUCUGUGCUUCGGGAAUUGUGGUUUUGGUGGCCGCGGUUGGGAUUGGGGCUUGGAUUCGAAGGCGCCAGUGGCGGAGGUUUUGCGCCGGUUCGGUAAAAGGUACCCUGGAUGUGAAUUUUCUGGAGAGAAUUGAGAAAUUGGAGGAGGAUUUGAGGAACUCCGCGACUAUGAUUCGGGUUAUGUCUAGGCAGCUGGAAAAGUUGGGUAUUCGGUUUCGAGUUACACGCAAGACUCUGAAAGAACCCAUUGCUGAGGCUGCAGCUUUGGCCCAUAAAAAUUCAGAAGCUACUCGAGCAUUAGCAAUCCAAGACGAUAAUCUGGAGAAGGAGCUUGGUGAGAUGCAAAAGGCUUUGCUGGCUAUGCAGGAGCAGCAGCGAAAACAACUUGAGCUAAUUCUAGCAAUUGCGAAGAGUGGAAAAUUAUGGGAAACCAAACAAGAUCGUAGUAAAGAAAAAGAGAGAAUUGAAAUAAAGGAUUCACCCGCAGAUGGUUUAAAACAGAAGGAAGCCCACCAAGUAUAGGCUUUGGAUGAGUACUAUAUAUAAUGAACAAUGCAGUUAGUGGAUGCAGCUUUCACUGAGGCAAUUACACUUCUUGUGGCUAUGUUUUGGCGGCCUUGUACUUUCAUUCAAAUGGGAAAAAAUUAGUUAGAUUUGUAAUGUGUAUAUGUCAUUGGCUGGUUAAAAGGGAGGACAAAGAAAUGAGAAUAAGUUUUCCUGGUUGAACAUAACAUUGUAUUUGUACCAUUUAAUGUACAAAUGGUUCUUUUCUUUUCCCUUGUAA